GCUGACCUUGGCCCACAAGCUCGGAGGAGGGCAAACCCGACAGCGAUCAAGUUGGUGGAUUGAAGGACGCAAAAACUUAUCGACCACUACAUCGAGGCCGUACCGGUGCAUUUCGCACCUCAUGCAUGAGAACCAGUGAUGUUCGACAUUUUGGACACGGACUUCGAUAUCAUUUUAGAAAUGCCUUGGCUUGCAAGUGCGGAUCACAAGGUCAACUUCCACCGACAGACUCUUACCGUCCGGGACGCCUUCGACGUCGAGGUGCCAUCUACUAUUCCUCUUCCGCACCCUUCAAUCCGGUGCCAAGUGGUGACGGCCAAGUCAUUCCGGACUACUAAUGCUUACGAGCAGCCCGAUGAGAUGGGCCUAUGUUUCCUACGAACCAUCGCGGUAGACGACUCUUCACCCACAGACUUGUCUUCGGACCCCCGUGCGGUGCGGUUGCUUGACGAGUUCGCUGACAUCUUCGAGUCACCUACCGGUGUGGUGCCGGAACGACCGAUCUCUCACGACAUCAUUCUUGAGGUCAGUGCCGUGCCGCUGAAGGGUUGCACUUAUCGCAUGAGCGAGGAGGAGCUUACGGUCCUUCGCGCACAACUCGACGACUUGUCGGACAAGGGCUGGAUCCGCCCUAGUAGCUCCCCGUAUGGAACGCCAAUUCUCUUCGUAUGGAAGGAGAACAAGGAUCUACGAUUGUGCAUCGAUUGCUGCAAGCUCAACGCGCAAAUCGUCAAGAAUGCGGGGCCUCUUCCUCGUAUUGACGAUCUCCUUGAGCGACUUGGCGGCGCAAAUAACUUUUCCAAGUUGGACUUGAAGUCGGGCUAUCAUCAAAUUUCAAUACGCCCGAAUGAUCGCUAUAAAACCCCAUUCAAGACGCGGUACAAGCAUUUUGAGUGGGUGGUCAUGCCUUUUGGCCUCACCAAUGCCCCAACGACCUUUCAAGCGGCAAUGACCAACGAGUUUCGUGCGAUGUUGGACCGGUUCGUGCUGGUCUACUUAGACGACAUCCUCGUCUACAGCCGGACAUUCGAGGAUCAUAUUGAGCACCUUCGACGAGUGUUGGAGACGCUCCGCCGCACCAAGUACAAAGCCAAUCGCAACAAGUGCGAAUUUGUCCGGCAAGAGCUGGAAUACUUGGGCCAUUUCAUCACACCGGAGGGCAUCAGUUCAUUUUCGAACAAGAUUCAAGCCAUCCAAGAGUGGCUAGAGCUGCGGAACGUCACGGAUGUCCAUUCGUUUCUUGGCCUUGCCCACUACUACCAACGUUUUAUCAAGGGAUACUGGAAGAUCACGGCUCACUUAACCAAGCUUCAAUGCGAGGAUCGACCGUUCGACUUCGGUGAGGAUGCGUGGGAAUCAUUUUUUGCCCUCAAAGUUGCGUUACUAUCCACGGAGGUCUUGCGCAUCUACGACCCACUAUUGCCAACGCGAGUCACUACGGAUGCGUCCGACUAUGGCAUUGAGGACGUCCUCGAACAACACGAUGGCAUGGACUGGCACUUGAUCGAGUACCUUCAGCAAGAAAGUGCCCAUUAUGCACUCAAUCGAUGAUGCACAAAAGAAGAAGCUCCUAGCCUUCGUCCACGCUCUCAAGCAGUGGCGACAUUUCCUCCUUGGUCGAAGUCAAUUCCGAUG